AGAGGAUGGAAGGGAAGAGAUACAGAGGGAUAAGGAAGAGGCCGUGGGGGAAGUAUGCGGCGGAGAUCAGAGAUCCUUCCAGGAACGGCAUGCGCAUUUGGCUCGGAACCUUCCACACCGCUGAGCAGGCCGCCAGGGCUUACGACGCCGCCGCUUUCAGAUUCAGGGGUCACCGAGCCAUCCUCAACUUCCCUAACCAUUAUACCCACCUUUUUCCUCCUCCUCCUCCUCCUCAUACUACCAUGAUCUCUUUCUCUUCUUCUUGUGCAGUUGCAGCUUCUUCAUCUUCACAUAAUUCAGCCGCCGCCGACAGAGAGAGCUCACAGAGCCAAGAACAGCAACAGGAUGAUCCGGUUGAGUUGGAGUGCUUGGAUGACAAGGUGUUGGACGAUCUUCUUCUUCAACCACAGCUUCCUCAUCAUCCCCACUCUCCUUCCACUGCUCAGCCUCCUUAGCUAUGAAUUAAAACAUGGGAAAAUCAGUAUAAAGUCCUUACAAGCAUUCUAGCUACCAUCAAGUUCCAUUGUGAGGUCCUAGCCACUUGGCUGUGAAUAAUAUUUGUUGUGAAUCGAUAAAAGUACCUUGAUUAAAAAAAGAAGAAAAGAAGAAAAGAAAACGCACGAAGUACUCCCACAACCCCUUCCCUCUUCCUUUCUCCCUCCCUCCCUCCUCUUAAUCUUAUUCUUAUUCAUCCUCGAACCCUAUCUUCAUUGGUGCCAGAAUCCCCACCAUCGACCUUUACAGUCUUGACUCUCUUGACCAUCGUCUUGCCGUGGUGGAGCAAGUCAAGUGGGUAGCCUUCACCAUGGGCUUCUUCCAGGUAUCCUAAUAGAAAUCCAAGAUCAUGAGCAAACUUACUCUUGAAGGCAUUGCUCAGCCUUGUCAUUUCUUUGUUUCUUAUAAUAAAAUCUCCUUCCAUUCAAAAGAAAAUGAUACUGGGAGGGAAGAGCCACUGUUAAGAAAAUCAAAAUUAGUGAUGGAUAUUUAGUCACAGAUUUCCAAUCUAUCACUAAUCAUGGGGAGGGACUGUUUUCUUUAUUAAUGUGUUUGUGGGUGAUUUUGUUUUCCUUUUUUCUCUGAGCAAACUUAUGUAAAUAGCCUGUACUGGACAAAGCAAAUAUAAUUUUUAAUUUCAAGAAUAAGAAUAGAGCAACACAGAUUGUUAGAGUCAAUAGAGUUCCAAUCGCAUACUAAUGUGAUGUCUUAGUUAGAGAGGAAGUGAUUGUGGGAGUGUUUAUAGGGGUGAACCUUUAGUCGGUUUGAUUGAUUCAAUUUCAAUUUUGCUAAAACUGAUCAGCCAAAUUAUAUAAAAAAUUUGAAUAGAAUCAAAUCGAAAUACAUGAACCAAUCGAAUUAAAACUGAAAUGAAUUAUAAUGAU